CCUUCGCGACGCACUAGGCAUCCUCCCAGAGCUGGACCACUCCUGGCGGCCGCCUGCAACCCUCUGCAUCCUCCGCCUCCCUUCUGGGUCCCAGUGCUCGUGUGGGUCGAAUGCACCCUUGGGGGGCAUGUUUACAUAGUCUUUUCCAAGUAGAAGCUGUGUGAUGCAUGGAGCUUGAGUUUGCUCAAGCAAGCCAAGUUCUUCUAACGUGAGCUUGGCUAGUUCUCAGGACUGGGAUGGAAGAGUCAGCACCAGCAGAAAGCCAGGGCCAGCUACCGAGCCCCCACCAUGGCUCACUGAGAAGAGCCGUGGCUGCUGCCCUGGCCCUGGAUGGGGAGUCCACAAUGGGUCACAGGAGGAAGAAGAGGAAAGAGUCUCGCCCAGAAUCCAUCAUCAUCUACCGGUCAGAUAAUGAGAACAUGGAUGAGGAACCUGAAGAAUCAGAAGGUGGAGAUCGGCCAAAAGAGGAGGAGGGGGAGGACUUCCUGGACUACCCCAUAGAUGAUGGUGUGUGGAACAUGCCUUUGGACAGCCGCUACGUCACACUAACGGGGACCAUUACACGAGGGAAGAAAAAGGGUCAGAUGGUAGACAUCCAUGUCACUUUGACAGAGAAGGAGCUUCAGGAACUGACCAAACCCAAGGAGCUGUCAAGGGAAACAGCCCCUGAGGGAAGGAGGGCCUGCCAAGUGGGGGCAGACCAGGGCCCACAUGUGGUUCUCUGGACACUGGUCUGCCUACCUGUGGUCUUCCUCCUUUCUUUCGUCGUGUCUUUCUACUAUGGCACUAUCACCUGGUACAACAUCUUCCUUGUGUACAAUGAGGAAAGGACCUUCUGGCAUAAGAUUUCCUAUUGUCCCUGUCUCAUUCUCCUCUAUCCAGUGCUCAUCAUGGCCAUGGCAUCCUCCCUGGGGCUCUAUGCUGCUGUAGUCCAGCUCUCAUGGUCCUGGGGAGCGUGGUGGCGAGCUGCCUGUGACAUGGAGAAAGGCUUCUGUGGCUGGCUUUGCAGCAAGCUGGGUCUGGAGGAUUGUUCUCCCUACAGCAUUGUGGAGCUGUUGGAGUCUGACAAUGUCUCAGGCAAUCUCUCCAACAAGGACCCCAUCCAGGGAGUGGAAACCUCCUCUGUCUAAACCACCAGAGACUUCUUUCUCAAGUAGUUGAUAGUCAUUCUAUAGUUCUAGCAGGUUCCUUCCUUAAACUAUCUGAUCCCUUCUAUGGUCCUGGAAAAUCCUAGCUUGCACUGGUCCGCCCACCGUCUUCAUUAUUCCAAGAAGGCAGGAAACAGAAAAGUAACUUGUGCCAAAGUAGCUCAUCUGAUAUACAAGUGCGUCUUGACUCGUUGCCCUGAAAUGACCAUUCAUCUGGGAAAUGAAGAUCCACUGUAAAUUCCUUCAGGGGCCUGACAGUGUUAUUGGUGCCUGUAAUCCAGGGAAGUAUGUGCCUAAAUGUGACAGGAAGAAUAAAGAGGCUCAGGGGUAACCAAAUCCACCAAGAGAGUAGCUGGAGACGGAGUGGAACAUUUAGGUAACUAGGCUACUAUUUUGAAGACUGUGUGCAUCAUUUAUGUUUAGAUAGAACUGCAUAUAAUUAAAGC